CUUCCCUUGAAAGGAGAAACCAAACCAUAUGAAACAAGAUUUAAAAAGAAUUUGGAAGAAGAAUGGGUUGCACCUGUGCCAUUGCCUCCAAUGCCUAAAGAUUUCAAAGAAUAUCCAGAACGUGAUUUGGUGAACUAUCCUUUCCCAGCAAGAUUUAUGUACGCGCCAAAAACUCGCAUGUUGAUGUUUCCAGAUUCAUGGUUCACGGCUUUUUAUAACAUUACUGGCAUUUCUGGUAUUUUUGGCAUACUUUGCAUCUUUUUUAUAAACAUACAACUGUGGAAUCAAAAAUUAAAAUGCUCGAAUUUUCAGGUCCUUACCUUCUCGUUUUUGGCACUUAUGCCUUUUUAUCAGCUUAACAACUAUUUGUUCAGAAAGGUAACUGCCAAGCACGAAAAAUACAAAAAACUUAUGGCAGAUGAACUGGCUGAUUGUCAAAAAAAGAAAAAGGAUGUUAUAGAUACAGUUGAAUCGAUCAAGUUGAUCAAAGAAAAUUUUCCGUCUAUUUUUGAAGAAAAUAUGGCGAUACAAUUGGAAGCAGCCUAUAGGAAGAAUGUGGAGAUGGUAAAUAUGGAAAUGAAACGUCGUCUGGAUUAUCUUCGGGAAACUCAAGAAACAAAAAAGCGUUUCGCAAAAGAGCACAUGCUAAAAUGGAUUAUAGAUUCUGUAACUUUUGCCAAUUUAUUUAAAUUAAUAUUUAUUUUUCAGGCUUUUAAUCAAAAACUUUUGCAAUUUCGCAGAUUCAGUUUUACUUAA